CUCGAGACGGGCGGAAACACGGAGCGACCGAGAGUGGGCGGGGUUUCCGGGGCCCCUCCCCUUGAGUGAGAGUCACCUGGAGAGGAGAAACAGCAGAGGCUCCCUGCUGAACACAGAGCUCACACCGAGGUGGAUCUACCGGCUUUCUGUGAAUGUACAUCCUCCUGUAGCAGAAGAGAAGUGGCGGUUUUCUAACCUCGAGGCCUCUUUUCGUUUAAAAAAAAAAAAAAACUGAUGGUGGAGUGAAGAAUUCAUUUUGUUCACGGACUGUUUUACCUUCUUUUUUGAAAUAUUCCUUCCUUUUAAUUUCCUCUGUGAGGAGAAGUGAGUUUUUUUUUUCCUCUUCGGUAAAAUGAGUUUGUCGCAGCUGCUCAGGAGUGUUCUCUGUGCAGUGAUCUGUCUCCACGGUGGUGCUGCUCUGCCGGCCUCAGGUUGCGAGGGAGAUGGGUGCAUCAGAGGCCAGUCUUCUUCUCCUUCUUCUUCUUCUUCAGCGGUGAAAUCCCAGCAGCCUUCCAAGGACUUCCUGGGUCAGUUUACCCAGGUGAACUCACCAAACGGCGGGGACCGUAAACACCGCGACGCCAGCGCAGUCCUGCCCUUCAUCGGCCUCACAGGCAGUGCUGAACAGAGUCGAAGCUGCUGUAAGAAUGGAGGAACAUGUAUCCUUGGUAGCUUCUGCGCCUGUCCUCCGUUCUUCACCGGAAGGAGCUGUGAGUACGACCAACGCAUCAGGAGCUGUGGUCUGAUUCCUCACGGUGAGUGGGUUCAGAAAGGAUGUUCCUACUGUCGCUGUGGUUAUGGCAUCCUGCACUGCUUCCCCCACAUCUUCCAUAAAGACUGUGAUGACUCAGAGGAGGUACGUUGGCAUCGCUCAUCAGCUGUAAGGAUAGUUGAGAACAGCUGUUUCCUGUAUGUGAUGCUGCUUCUUUCUCUGCUGCACUUCCUCUGAUGAAACACCAGGAGUACAACACUGAAACACUGAGCUGUGGACUGCAAGAUUUCUCAAGCUGGAUUUCCAAAUCUGACUUUCAUAAACUUUUAAAUGACACUGCUUGGGUUUGCCCAAAAAUAUUGUUGCAAAACUGGAAAUCAGAGGUUGUUCCUUCCUCCUCCUUCCUCCUUCCUCCUAUACUGCUUUUAGUCAUCCUGUAUUCCCCUGUAUUUAAAACCCUGCAGUCAGACUGUGUUGUGGUUUAUGGGGACAAGAGGUCUUCUGCACAGAACCAAGGUAUUCAGUGUUAAAUCCUGUUUUAGGCUCCAAAACCUUUUCUGAAUAAUGUGUGAAAAUGUGAAUCUUUUUGAAGACUGAAGGAUGAAUAUACUUUAACUGUUGGAUCAAUGUUAACAUUUAACAUUUUUAAUAAUUCAGUAAACUCAGAGUGGUCUGUCUUCAAACAACUCAGCUGUACCUGUUUAAAUAUAUAGCAAUGACUACAGCAUAGUAUUUCAGCUUUAUGCAUGAUUUUAUGCUCAGUGUCUUUUAAAGCCUGUGAAGUAACUAAGCAGUUUAACAGUGAACGCAGCAGUGAAAUGCUUCUUGUCCAAACUCUGUGUUUCUUAUAAUUUCUAAAAACUUUUCCUUCCAGUGGAAGGUUGUCUUUGUGUCUAUGAUGUCUUGAAGAACACGAUGUGUGUGAAGGAGGUUGUACAUAAGAUUUUUAUGAAAAAUAUGUUUUUUGUUUUUAGGAUCUGUAACUAAAUAUCAGCCGAAUUUUUUUUCUUUGUAAAAAGAAGAUGCAGAUUUUAUUGUUUUUAAUUUGGCGUCUUCUGUCUGUUUGCACACUGAGCUGAUGUCACAUUUUGUCCUUUAAAUAUAAACAUGUAUUCAUUAUGUGUUU